UGUUCUGAUCAAAUAGUUAAUAUCUAUAUCAACUGUGCCUACUCUAUGUCAUUAGUACCUUUCAAUAUAACAUUAUAUACAACCACCUCUAUUGAAACCUUCCUCCUCUUGAUACAUGUGAUAUAGCCAUUGAAAAACAACGUGACUAGCAGAUCAUAUAGUGCUCAAUCAAAUGGACACUGACUACCAUUUGGAUUAUCUCCUCAGGUCAAUGGAAAUACAACCCCGUUCUAAACUUCAUCAUGAUGAAGAAAGCAAAGAAACUCUUGAAUGGGAGAAAUAUGUGGAAGAAUUACAAGAGAUUAUAGGGUACAAAUUCAAGAACCCUAGUUUGUUACAUCAAGCUUUUACACAUCCUUCAUUCAAAGAGAAGUGUGAAUCAUACGAAAGGCUUGAAUACAUGGGUGACUCGGUGCUAAAUUUGUUGAUAGCAAAAGAACAUUAUUUUUUACACCCUGAUUCGCCUCCGGGGAACUUGACGAAGCUGCGAGCGGCCGACGUUGAUACAGAAAAACUUGCUAGGGUUGCCAUCAAAUAUGACUUCCAUAAGUACUUACGGCACAAGAAACCUCUACUUAAGGGACAAGUAGAAGAAUUCAAAGAUGGAACUCUUGAGUACCCUUUGCAUUCAGGUGGUCUUAUUGAUCCCCCAAAGGUGCUAGCUGAUGUAGUUGAAUCUCUCACUGGGGCCAUUUAUAUUGACUCCAAUUUCUCCAUGGAAACAACUUGGCAGGUGGUAGAAGGUUUGUUGCAACCUUUGAUCACUCCAGCAAAUCUAGAGACUCAUCCAGUAACGAGAUUCUAUGAAAUCUGCCAAAAAAAUGGAUGGAAUAUUGAAUUUAUUGAUACAUGGAAAAAAACAGGAGAAGUUGAAGUUUUUGUUGAUGGUAAAUUUGCCGGGAAGGGAAAAUUUAGUAGCAAGAAAUUAGUUGCCAUAAAUAGGGCAGCACAUAAUGCACAUUGCGAAAUUGUCAAAAACUCGAUCGGGGAAACAACUUCUGAUAAUUGUGCUUGUAAUGAAGCUCAAAACUAACUGUUAGUUCUGCUAAAUUGUAUCUAUCUCGUCUCAUUUAGAAAAUGUGUGGUAUCAUUUAGCAAAAUACAUUGCUUGAUUAUGGAAUUUUGAAACAUAUAUAUUAAAAGUUAUGUUUGAACUAUAA